UGAUCAUUCCGUCAGCUGUGGCUGAUCUCCGCUGAGUGUAACCACAUCACUACGCCUUCGAGUGCCCUACUUCUGCAGCCAUUAUGUGCCUUCCAGAUAUUCACAGCUGCGUCCAUUCAGCCGGAAAAUGCGCCGGUGUGACGUGUGGCAUUCCUGCUCGGCGUGAUAGCCAAGCUUUCUGUCGUACACUGCAAUGUACUCGUCACGGCGGCAACCCCCUCGUCAUUACGGGUUUGUGUUUUGCUGGGAAGUUGAAAGUAAGGGGCCAGGGGGUUCUCCCCCGGCAAGGCCUCUUUAUACUAUGUAUAGGGUUGAGGUUACUGGGAAACUGAAAAAAAGGGGGGUCCGGGGGUUCUCCCCCGGGAAGCCUU